AUGGCGACUUACUUUCUACUGCUGGGUGCACUGGGUCUGUUAUAUUGCUCGAAACUGUACUCCUCCAUUUUAGCUUCGGUUGGGUUCAGUGUUAUCGGUUAUGUGGUUACUGAUUUUUUGAUACCAAGAGUGAGUCCUUCUUUUGUAAAGAUUGGAUUGUUUGGUAAGGAUUUGAAUAAACCAACCCAGCCUGUUAUACCUGAGACUAUUGGUGCAGUGGCAUCUACUGUAUACAUCUUUAUUAUGAUGUUUUGUAUUCCUUUCAUUUUCUUUAAAGAAAUGGUCACUACUGUGGGUGGAGGACACAGAGACUUGUCACAAACUGAGAAUGUCAACGGAGGUUUGUUUCUACAUAACAAGCUUUCAGAAUUCCUAAGUGGUCUGCUCUGUUUGGAGACCACCACUUUGAUUGGUAUAGCUGAUGAUUUGUUCGACUUACGUUGGAGACAUAAGUUUCUACUGCCUGCCGUGGCUGCAAUCCCACUUCUAGUUGUAUACUAUGUUGAUUUUGGUGUCACUUAUGUGCUAAUUCCUAAAUUCAUGAGAAAAUGGUUGAAUGGAAAGACCAAUAUAGACUUAGGUUCGAUUUACUACCUGUACAUGGCGUCAAUGAGUAUUUUCUGUCCAAAUUCAAUUAACAUCUUAGCCGGUGUCAAUGGGUUAGAAGUGGGCCAAAGUAUCGUGCUGGGUGUCAUUGCAUUGCUGAAUGACAUUUUAUAUUUAUCUAUUGGACCAGAAGUCUCGCACGAGGCUCACAGAUUAUCGAUCAUCUUAAUCACACCAUUCAUUGGGGUCUCGUUAGCUUUGUUCAAAUGGAACCGCUGGCCUGCUAGAGUCUUUGUCGGCGACACAUAUUGUUAUUUUGCCGGUAUGGUGUUUGCAGUGGUAGGUAUACUGGGCCAUUUUUCCAAGACAAUGCUAUUACUAUUUAUCCCACAGAUCGUCAACUUCAUAUACUCCUGUCCACAACUGUUCGGUUUAGUGUUCUGUCCAAGACAUAGACUACCAAAAUUAAACGAAAAAGAUGGAAAACUGUACCCUUCAAGAGCGGACCUAAUCGAAAACCCACCAAAGAAAGUCUUCGUCCCAGUCCUAUAUUUCCUACACUUCUGCAAGUUGAUUGAUUUAGAAUUCGAAACAAAAGAUAACAAAACAAUCAUAAAAUCAUGUUCAAACAUGACAAUAAUAAACUUAACCCUCGUGUGGUUAGGUCCAAUGCGAGAAGACAAAUUAUGUAACAAUAUCCUAGCCAUCCAGUUCAUAACUGGACUGUUGUCAGUUGGUAUAAGACACAUAAUCGGAACUAUCCUCUUCGGAACUGACAACUUGCAUCCUAUCACAUCGAAUUGA